AUGGCUCCCGAUCUCAACUCUAUCGUCGACAGUGGCGUACCCAAUGGCAGCAAGGGCGAGCCCAACAUCCUCUACAUCAUGGCCGACCAGCUUGCCGCACCGCAGCUGAAGAUGUACAACCCGGACUCUCAGAUCAAGACGCCUAACCUCGACCGCUUGGCUGAGCGCUCGGUCCAGUUCGACUCGGCCUACUGCCCGUCUCCUCUCUGCGCCCCUUCGCGCAUGAGCAUGAUCACCGGCCUUCUUCCCAUGAAAAUUGGCGCCUUCGACAAUGCCUCUCAAAUUAAUUCCGAGAUUCCUACCUAUGCCCACUACCUACGAACCAAGGGCUACCACACCGCUCUAGCCGGCAAGAUGCACUUUGUUGGCGACCAGCUCCACGGCUACGAGACUCGCCUCACCAGCGAUAUUUAUCCCGGCGACUUUGGCUGGGCUGUCAAUUGGGAUGAACCUGAAACGCGCCUAGAAUGGUACCACAAUGCCAGCUCCAUCCUCCAGGCUGGACCUUGCGGUCGCAGCAAUCAGCUUGACUACGAUGAGGAGGUCAUGUACCGCAGCACACAGUAUCUGUGGGAUCACGUUCGCGAGGGACCCAACAAACGCCCCUUUGCUCUCACGGCUCAGGUCUCUCUUACACACCCUCAUGACCCUUACACCAUCACAAAAAAGUACUGGAAUCUGUAUGACGAUGUCGACAUCGCUCUUCCCAAGGUUCGCAUGGCUAAGGAGGACCUCGACACGCACAGCCAGCGUCUAUUGAGAGUAUGCGACUUGUGGGAACAGGAUUUCACUGACGACCAGAUCAAGCGUGCCAAGCGUGCUUAUUACGGCUCCGUCAGCUACGUCGAUGACUGCAUCGGCAGGCUCCUACAGACCCUGGAAGAUGCUGGUCUGACUGAAGACACCAUUAUCAUUUUCAGCGGCGACCAUGGUGACAUGCUUGGCGAGCGUGGCCUCUGGUACAAGAUGAGCUACUUCGAGUCGUCUGUCCGAGUUCCUCUACUGGUCAAUUACCCCAAGUGGUUCCAACCUCACCGCGUUACCCAGAAUGUGUCAACUCUGGACCUGCUACCGACCAUCUGCGACCUCAUCGGCGUCAAGCCGGCACCCUAUCUGCCUAUGGACGGUGUCAGCAUGAUGCCCCACCUUGAAGGCAAGACAGGCAAUGACACCGUGUAUGCCGAGUAUACCGGCGAGGGUACUGUCCGACCCAUGAUGAUGAUCCGUCGGGGUCCCUGGAAAUACAUCACUUGUCCCGCCGACAAACCCCAGCUUUACAACCUCGACAAGGACCCCCAUGAGCUUGACAACCUGGCGCGCUUUGUUGAGAUUGAGCCCCAGACGGAGGAGGAGAAGCAAGCCAAGGCAGUCUUUGAAAAGUACGAGGCUGAGGCCAAGGCCCGCUGGGACUUUGACUCCAUUACCGAAAAGGUCCUUCUAUCCCAGCGUAGCCGUCGCCUUGUCUGGGAUGCGCUCAAGAUUGGCGCCUUCACUAGCUGGGACCACGACCCCGUCGAUGACGGUCGCCAAAAGUAUAUUCGGUCCACCAUUCCGCUCGACGACCUCGAGAGAAAGGCGCGAUUUCCGUAUGUCGACACUCACGGAUAUGAGAUCAACAAGGGCGGCGUAAUCAGCUCGACCCGUAGCUAA